UAUUGGGAAACGGUUUCUGGGCAGCUCUCUUACUCCGUCUCAGAGGAGGUGAAUCUGGGGACUGUUGUCGGAAAUGUCGCGAAAGAUCUGAACAUCAAUGUCCAGGAUUUGGAGCCCCGCAUGUUUCAGAUCGUUGCUGGAUCGAAGAAAAAAUAUUUCGAGGUAAAUCUAAAAACUGGAGCCCUCUAUGUUAACGACAGAAUAGAUCGAGAGGAGCUUUGCGGUAACGACGCCAAAUGUUCACUAAUUGCAGAAGCUGUUAUUAAUAAUCCACUUAAACUGUACCGUAUAGAAAUAAAUGUUUUGGAUGUGAAUGACAAUUCACCCUCAUUUCUCAGCACAUCCCAGACAAUUAAUAUUACCGAGAGCACAGCGGUAGGAACAAAAUUUCUGCUGAAACGAGCUCACGAUGGAGACGUUGGAAAAAACUCUAUAAAUACCUACAAACUGAGUCAAAAUGAACAUUUCUCUCUAAAUACACUUAAAGGGGGUAGCAUAACAGUCGAAUUGGUGCUUCAAAAAGUUUUAGACAGAGAAAAACAAUCUGUGAUCAAACUUAUACUAAUUGCACUUGAUGCAGGAACACCUGCUAAAUCUGGAAGUAUGACCAUUAUAGUAAAUGUCUUAGACAUUAAUGAUAAUCCUCCUGUCUUUAGUCAAAUGCUGUAUAAAGUCAGCAUACAUGAGAAUGUGAAUAUUGGGACUUCAAUAAUCACCCUGAAUGCGACUGAUUUAGAUGAUGGAAAAAAUGGGCAAAUAUCAUAUUAUUUUAUGGAAAUAGACGAAGGGAAACAAACAGAUGUGUUUUCUAUAGAUGAACAAACAGGGACUGUAACAAAUAAAAGGAAUAUUGAUUUUGAAGAAAAUAAUGCUUUUGAACUUCGAGUACAAGCCAGUGAUGGAGCUUCCUCGCCUAUGAGUUCACAUGCUAAAUUACUGGUUGAAGUAUUAGACGUUAAUGACAACGCACCUGAAAUUUCAGUCACAUCACUGUUGAACACUGUUAAAGAGGAUGCAUCAGUUGGCACAGCCAUUGCUCUUGUUUCAGUAUUUGAU